CUAAGUUUUACCAGGCUUGCUGGGACACCAUUUUUGGGGAUCCGUUUAAAAUGGUUAAAGCUUUUUUCUCUGGAGAUCCUAUUCCUAGGUCCAUGACUCACACUUGUCUUGUAAUGUUGCCUAAAGUUGAUCACCCUUCUUCUAUGUCUGAACUUAGGCCUAUUAGUUUGGGAAAUGUAUCUUACAAGAUCACUUCUAAGUUGUUAAAUAGUAGACUAGCCCCUCUUCUACCCAAGAUUGUUGCUUCUAAUCAAUCUGGUUUCAUUAAAGGAAGGGCUAUCAGUGAGAGCAUUAUGUUGGCUCAAGAACUAGUGCAUAAUUUUAAUAGUCCUAACAAGGAUGGUAAUGUGGUUUUUAAAUUAGAUAUCUCUAAGGCCUAUGAUAGGGUCUCAUGGUCUUAUCUCGCCAAUGCCUUAGAGUUAUGGGUUUUAAUGAUAAUUGGGUAGAUAUGGUCUGGAGGCUUAUCUCUAACAUUUGGUAUUCUAUCAACAUCAAUAGUGCUAGGAAAGGGUUUUUCAACUCCUACAGAGGCCUUAGGCAAGGAAAUCCCCUAUCCCCUUCCCUUUUUAUUAUUCGUGCUGACAUGCUUUCUAGGAUGAUGAAUAACCUCGCCAAUAAUGAUGAUUUCAUCCCUUACUUUAUGGACAAGGGGCCAAUAAUCACUCACCUAUCCUAUGCUGAUAACACUAUGCUAUUCAUAUCUGGAGAUCUUGAAUCUAUCAGAUUGAUGAUGCGAAAUUUGGCUACAUACGAGCAAGCUUCUGGUCAGGUCAAUUUUCUCAGUUCCACCUUACUCAGGACUCAUUGCAAAAGCAUGAGCUGGAAGGGGAAAUGACCAGAUAUUUGUAACACCAUUGAAAGAUUCAAACACCUUACAAGAUCACUAAAUUUAAAUGGUUCAUGCCACCAUCUGGGAGGUUAAAGAUUAACACUGAUGGGAGCAAUGAUUCUUACCAACAACAAGCUGGAAUUGGUGGGGUUGUUAGAAAUGGAAAUGGAGAUGUAAUUAUGGCUUUUGCCAAAUCUCUCCAUUUAUGUACAAACAAUUUUGCUGAAACUCAGGCUGCUCUUUUUGGUUUGCAAUGGCGUGCCUCUAAAAACUUUGACAAUUUUAUACUUGAGUUGGACUCUAUGCUUGUGGUUAAUUUUUUGCAGGAUCUUGC